UAGAGUGCAGUCGAAGAAGUUCACAGUAUUGUGAAUUCCAACAAGUAGAUGGAUAAACUCAUUUGUACGGAAACUUUCUUAAAUAGGACAAUGGAAGACCAGCAUGUGGUUACUGUAGUUACACAAGACAGUGGGUGUGGAUGUCCACAUGGGAAAUCACAGAUCCUUAAAGAACACCCAACCCAGCCUCUGUCUUUUACAUUUGUACCACUUGUCAGAAAGUUGCCGACUCAAGUCUAUGCUAAUGCUUCAAUACACAAUGGAAAAUGUGGACAACCCAAAUGCAAGCCAAAUGAGCAUUUAGGAACCCAAGAGGAGACGACACCUGACCUGACUAUGCUACAGGACGGCAUUUUCAGAGCAAAAAUUGUGUUCAUUGAUGAUUCAGAUGAUGAAGGAGAAGCUGCCCCUGUACAUCCUCACUGUCUUGAGCAAACCAAUGACAUUGCAAGAAUUGAGCCUCAGCUUCAGCAAUACAAGAGCAAGUCAAGCUACAAGGCAUAUGCAGCAGUACCCUCAAACACACUGCUCUUGGAGCAGAAGGCAAUCGACAGGGAGCUUGAUAAUCCAGUGUACUCCCCUCUUGACGAUAAAAUAAUGUCAGAAAUCCAUGCAGAGAUAUCUUCACCUACACAGCUUCGGCCUAUGCGAAGAUCCCAUUCUGCUCCGAUUUCCCUGCAGAAACUAAUGGAUUCUGAUGCACCAAAAAAUUUUACAACGCUGUCACGAUCUGCUGGGCGGGAGACUAAAUAUGCCUCUUUCCAUCUGUUGCCAUCUGGUUUUGCUGAGAAACAACUGGUAUGUAUUAGAAACUGUUUCUUUUAAAAAAUGAUAUGGAAUGAUUUUUAAAAAAUUGCUUAAUUAACUGUAUCCGGUCCUACUCAAAGAUU